AUGUUUGAGCCGCGUCCCCUAGAAAGCCACUCUGAUAAGGCGGCAGCAGACGUCUCAACCACCAUCACUGAGAUCCCUUUCGGGGAUACAGUUCCUGAGCAGUUCAUACCUCGGAACACCUGGAUCAACGCAACAUCGCAUCCUGUUGAGCGCACAGUGGAUGAGAUCUUUUUAUCCCAUGUCCUAGAGCGGCCCAAUGCCCCGGCUGUCUGUGCCUGUGAUGGCACUUACACUUAUAGCGAGCUGGACAGGCUCUCGACUGCUUUGGCACAUGAGCUGCGUCGUCGAGGCGUGACUGCUGAAGUCUUAGUGGCCCUUCUAUUUGAAAAGUCCAAGUACAUUGUCGUUGCUAUGCAUGCUGUUCUCAAAGCGGGGGGUGCAAUCAUGUUGUGGGAUCCCACUCUGCCCGUGGACCGCUUACGGGGCAUCUUCGCCGAGUCCAUGGCCAAAAUGGUGCUGUCGUCGACCACCACUGCUGGGCUGGCGGCCAGGAUCAGCUCUCACAUAGUUGUUCUGGAUGAGGAGCACAUACCCUUGCCGUCUUCCGAGGCUUUGGUACCUGUGCAUCGGCCCAAUAGCGCCCUUUACAGCGUCUUCACGUCCGGCUCGACCGGGAAACCCAAGGGCUUCAUCAUGGAACAUCGCGCCCUGGUCACUUGCGCCCUGGCCUGUGGCCAGCGAUUAGGAGUGACCAAAGAAUCCCGAACCCUACAAUUCUCCUCCAACUCCUUCGAUCUGGCAACCUUUGAGCACCUAAUUCCCUUCAUAUUUGGGGCAUGUAUCUGCAUUCCCUCCGAGGAGGAGAGAAAAGGCGACCUGACCCGCGCCCUUGGCCAGUAUCAAGUGUCGUUGGCCAUGAUGACGCCCUCAGUGAGCCGCCUGCUGGAGCCACAGCAUCUUCCGCUGCUGCAAACAGUGAUGCUGUGUGGCGAGCCGGUAUCUUCGGAGGAUGUGCGUCGUUGGUUCUCACACGUCCAUUUGCACAACGGUUACAGCCCUGCCGAGGCUGGAUGUAUCAACAUCCUCAACUCCGCCAUGACAGACGCUCAUCCCAACAAUAUUGGAUAUUCAACCGGGGUUAUUCCAUGGGUGGUGGACCCGGAGAAUCACGAUCGGCUGCUACCGCUCGGGGAGGUUGGAGAGUUGAUUGUCCAGGGACACACCGUUGGACGAGGAUACUUUGGCUGUCCGGCGAGAAAUAAGGCCUCUUUUAUCGAUGCGCCUGCCUGGGUUCAUGAUUUUGGUCGGGAAUCAUAUGGAUCCUUCUAUAAGACCGGCGAUCUCGUACACUACGAUACCAACAACGGUUCCAUGCAAUUCCUGGGCCGUAAGGACACGCAGGUUAAGUUGCAUGGACAGCGGCUGGAGCUGGGAGAAGUUGAGGAUCAGCUGCGACGCUGUUUUGCUCCACCGCAUGCUGUCAUCGUGGACCUUGUGACGCCUCAGAAUCGUGAGCCCAACCUUAUUGCAUUCGUUAGCCGUUCGCAAGACAUGACUGUCAUCGCAAAUGACUCCGUCCAGGACGGCCUCUUCCUAGUACCAGACGAGCAAUUUGCUUCAGCCGCAAGAAACGCACAGGCUUCUCUCCGGGCUUCUAUCCCCUCCUAUAUGGUCCCGUCCGAGUUUCUCCUCCUCUCCCACGUUGUCAUGUUGCCGUCCGGAAAGACAGACCGCCGAUUCAUUCGCACGGCUGCAGCUGAGCUUUCACCGACUGAGAGGAGAAAGUAUAGUAGCAUGCUCGAGACCUCUCAAGACCGGCCAUCGACGGAACUCGAGGAAGCCCUGCUGACACUGUGGGCAGCAAGCCUGAGAAUCGCGGCCGCAGAGAUUGGUGUACAGGAUAAUUUCUUCGACCUCGGGGGUAGCUCUCUGGAUGCCCUCCGCCUCGCGGCCCGUAUGCGUAAGAUAGGCUAUACCGACCUGCCCUCUGGCGCGGUAUUCAAAUACCCCACUGUAUCAGAGUCUGCGCAGCUAGAGCCAUUCCUCGUGGCUCAGCUUCUAUCCAAAGCUCGCAUACAGAUAGACGAGCUCGAAUAUCCAGGAUUCCUACCAAUGACAGCCUUCCAGCAGAAGUCUGCCGGUUUGAAAUGUGUUCAUAUCGUUCUGGAUGUUUCCGGCCUCGAUCACUCCCGACUAGAGGCUGCAUGGGGCCUGGUUCAGGAGAGACACAUCUGCCUUCGGUCGGUCUAUAUCUCUCACCUCGGCCACAUUUAUCAAGGCUUUCUGCGGCGUCCUAACAGCACGAUUCCCAUUCGACAAUGUGACCAGCCGGUCCAAGAGCUCGCAACCGACUUCUGCGACGAGGAUGCUGAGCCAGUCCUUGACGGUCGUUGCUGGUGGCAAUUGACGCGGAUCAAUAGCAAUCACGAUGGUAGCGGUGCACUUAUUAUCCGAACCACGCACGCACAAUUUGAUGCCAUGACUCUCGGUGUCAUUUUCAACGACUUUAUGGCUGCCAUGGAGAACCACCCUCUGUCUGCACAGGAGCGGCAGUUCUCCGACUACAUGGACCGCCGUGUGCAACACAACAAAUCGCAAACAACAAUGGAGUUCUGGUCAAAUUUCCUGCAAGGUUCUCAAAUGAGCCAGCCCGAGUUCACUGAUGCCUCUUCGGCUGCUCUUCCCGACGACCAUAUCGGCAUGGUGUACGUCAUGAGACCAAUCCAGUCGACUUCGACUCCUCCAACUGGCAUCACCAUGGCGUCUGUGUUCCGCGCUGCUUGGGCCUUUGUGCUUGCCAACUAUACUGGUCAGAGUGAUCUCGUAUUCGGCGAGUUUAUCGAAGGCCGCACUUUGCCCUUGCUGGAGGACGUGGAGAACAUCACCGGUUGCACCGCGGCAGAGACUCCCAUGCGGAUGAUAAUUCCCAAGCACGAAGGAGCGACCGUACAGGACCUCCUGCACCACUCCCAGGAGCAAUACAUUACUCGGCUUCCAUUUGAGACAUCUGAGCUGCCGGACCUGGUCCGCCACUGCACUCCUCUGUGGCCCAAGCACACCCCCCAAUUCAGUCACCUGCUCGUGGUCGAGAACACUUCAGCCAUACCCCCUGUGGUGGUAGAUGGGCGUGUGUUUGAGCAUCGAUGGGCUUUCCACGGCCGUCUGGAAGACGUACAGAUCCAAUUGGUUCCGACGAAAGAUUCGUUGCAUGUUGCUAUCCUGGGGCCGGAGGUACGUCUGGCUGAUGGGAUUGCGGAUAUGCUGGUGGGUAGGCUGGCAUCGACUCUAAACCAAUUUAUCGAGAAACCCAAUGCGCUGCUGUCGGAGAUUAAGUGGGAGUAG